AUGAUGGAUUCCGUUGGUAAUCAAGAGCAUUCAUCGCAAUUACCAUACCGUAUGGAGUCGUCACCAUCGUUAUGCCCAACUUCAUCAUAUUCUACAGAUCAACAGCGGAAUUAUUUAUGGCAACAAUAUUCUUCAUCGAAUCAGUUUAUCGUUGAAAAUCCUCAAAUAUACAUUGAGGCUCGCAAUUUUUUGAUGAAUUUAACUAUCAAAUAUGAUAGUGAAUUUAAAAAUAUUGAAGGCGGUAUCCAGUCAUUUGAUAAUAUUUCUUCGAAUUCACAAAAUAUUCGAGCGGAAAAUGAUAAUCGCACAUUUAUGGAUCGAUCUUCUACGAAUUGUUCUAAACACGGAAAUAACUAUCAAAAUUUGUUGUCAUAUGCCAAACCACAAGACCAGAUGCAUUAUGGCACGAGUCAGUUUAGUCAGGCUCAUUCGCAAAUUUCAUCUGUAAAGAUUAUUGAUGUUUUCGCGACAGUAACAACAUUGAACCAUUUGAAAAAAAUUCCGCUAAAACAAAAGUUAAAUGCUGAAUAUCAUGCGAUGAAGGCGAAUCGCAAGCGAGUGCAGCCUCAAAUUUUUCCGACUGAAGAAAGUCGAGCUUUCGUGAGAAGUCUUCCACCAAUUGAAUACGAACCUACUCAAAAUUGGAUUCACAUUACAUAUUAUGAAUUGAGUAAAAGGGUUGGUGAUAUUUUUAAAGGCACCACGAAUUGCGUAACGGUCGAUGGUUUUUGUGCGCCAUCAGAAGCAGAAAGAUUUUGUUUAGGCGCGCUUAGUGGUGCAGAUCGAAGUGUACGAAUGACCAAUGUUAGGAGGCAGAUUGGGAACGGAAUUAUAAUUUAUCGUGAUGGCAAUGAUGUUCACUUGAAAAGUAUUGCAGAGACUCAAAUAUUCAUUCAGUGCCCAAAUUAUGCAUCUAAAUCCGGUGAUCAUCCUUCUACUGUCUAUAGAUUUGCUUGCGGCCAAGGUAUGUUGAUAUUCAGUGAUGAGUUUUUUCAAAAAAAACUGAAAGAAAAUGCUGAUAAAGGAUAUGACGCUUUACAUGCUUUGCAGCAUUUGUGCCAUACACGAGUCAGUUUCGUAAAAGGGUGGGGUCAACAGUAUAAGCGUCAGACAAUAACUGAAGCUCCUUGUUGGAUAGAAAUACAGUUGCAAGCUCCACUCCAAGAUCUGGAUCGUGUUAUUGGCACUGUAGUCGCUGAUGAAGAAGUUCAUAGUUAUUCUACGUAG